CUACAAGAAGCACAUAUUUAUCUUCCUCAUAACUCACUAAUUCUUCCUAAUCAUACUCAACUCAAUUUUAAUACUAUCAAACAUUAUUUAAAUAUACCUCUCAAAUCUAAUCAUCCAAAAACUUCCUUAAU